AUGUCGCUUCAUACCGAGAUCCACGUGCCCGGCGCCUUCUGCCAGGACGGCGUCCACCCAGGCAUCUUCCGCCCACCAACUACUACAACACCGAACACCGCAUCAGCUGCCAGCUCGGGAUACCUGCCUCCACACGACAUCAACCCAAAUAAUCAUUAUGGCAGCAUCAAACGCAAACGGAACCAUGACCGCGAAACGGAUCCCUUUGCGCGAUCGUACGCCACCGCCACGACAACCCGGUACAACAUCGCUGGACAGCUCGAUACUCCUGGCGGUGAGCGCACGGACUUCUUGGGCGAGAGCAUGUUCUCUGACGCAGAUUACCGACGGAUGCUUGGAACAAAGCUGCCUGCUGGGCAGGUGGAAGAGCCGGUCUUUGGGAGAUACCCCCUGACGGCGCCUGCGCAACCAUCACAGAGCUGGGGUGCAUUUGCUGUCUCGACGUUGGGCGGCGUCGUCGGUCGACUGUGGCAGUUCUGUCGCGCUGGGUCCUUCACCGGGUUCCACGCUGGCGGUGGUCGCGGGUACGACCAGGAUGGGAACACGGAAGAUGACCAUGACAUGGCUACGAAUGGCAACGCCCAAAUACCGGAGCAGUAUACGCAUUACAAUUUUGGAGAGAAACAGGAGGAUGCCACCGACAACAGCAGGGCCUCGACACCCACCCGGCCAGCCGCGAAACGGAGACAAACAAGCGCCACCGACGAACUGGGCAAGAACUGGGUCAUGGUGAAUGAGAAUGGCGCUGCAGUCAGUCGAGCCGGCACGCCUGACUGCAACCGCCGAGCGACGAUGAUACCAUCCCCAAGAAAUCGCAACCAGGCUCCGGCUGUCGCGACUGGACGGCGCAUUAGCACGCCAGCCUCAAGGCGAUCUAUCGGCCCAGGCCGGCCAUCACUGGCGUCAGCACCAUCGCUCGGCAAAGACCGACCGACAUCUUCAGCGUCGUAUGCCUCUCCGAGGUCGCCAAGCCCAACAAAGCACAUCACUGCAGACACGCCGUUAUCGUCAUCCCCGGCGAAGCAGCGCCUGGCACGUCGAAAUCGACCCUCCACCUCAGGCUCAGAUUCGAGGCCCGCCCAUCGUCGUACCAACUCAUCGGCGUCGAUAGCUACGAGUCGACCGUCCAAGUCUAGUUUAGUAGACAGCAGUCCUCGAUUGGACCCUGAGGCGAAGAAACUGGCUGCUCGACGACAGCGUGAGGAACAAUUCAACGACUUUCGAGUAACAGGCCUCAACAAGACUGUGGAGGAUCUCAUCCGGCAAGGCCAGAUGGCGCUGGCAACAAAGGUGGAAGUCGAGGGCAGUGGUUGGGAGGAUGAGGAUUGA